AUGACCAACACUACUCAACCACAAGAAUCGGUGCACCCACCACCAUACUCGGAAACUCAACCUCAACGUCGAGAUGAGUGGGAGGACUGGGAAGACGAUGAGCCCAUCACACCCAUCGACGCCGGCGAGCAAGUCUUUCCUGCUCCGCUAAAUGUCCAAGGUCGGCACUCGAAGUCCGCGGCACGACGAUCAUCGAGAACAUCUGCUACGAGGAUCAACCGGGUCAAGUCACGACAAAGACAAAAGGCUCAGAACGCAAAGGCUGGGAUCAAGCUCAUAACCGACAUGUCCUCAUUCCGGCGCCAAAACUACAUGCCAACACCGGUAGAACGUACUGGAAAGUUCGUUGAUGCCGCUGCUCUGAAGGCGUUGGAAGGAGAACCGACUUCGGCCUCAGUAGGAAAUUGGAACUGGUUCAAGAAGAGUAAAGACCAGAGCCCGGCCACUGCAUCACCCCAGCCCUCGGCUCGGCCAGCACAAUCAGCUCGUACCCCGGACAACAAACUGUCGCCAGAUGAUAGGCCCAUUGUCAUUGGCCUUGCUUUCUCAUCUGAAGAGGCGAGCAUUGCUUCCAGAUACGAUGCCAGCCCAACACCCAUUGAACCCCCAUCGCAACCACAUUUUCCUCGGAACCCUGCGAACGCAUCGGCUUCACCUAUAGCCCCAGCCCAACAGAAGUCUGUAUGGUCACCGGAUACCCCAGAUACCGUGUCCUCCUUCAGUACCAUUCGCUAUACUUCCAGUAUAUACUCACAGUUCCCCUCCCCCGGUACGACCACGGCCGGCAAUGUUCCUCCUGUACCGGCUGUUCCAGCAAACUUCAAGAAAUCGGCUCAUCAAAGGCUCAUCAGCCUGGAGCUGGGUGGCAGAACUCCCGAUGAGUCCGAUGGCGGCACCCCAUGCACACUAUUCGAAGAAGAUGGAACUCCAAGCCCACACAAACAAGCCAAGGGAAAGCUGUCAACACUGACCCCUGAUAGUGCUGCUUCCAAGUCUCGUGGCUGGUGGGAUCAUCAUGUUGUCACUCCUUUUAUGGAGAACCGACUGACAUUCACUACCAGCCCCAAAGUGUACACUGACUCGCCCAGAAGCAUUCGAGGGGAUGAAUGGUGGAACAAGCAGGAGACGAAAAGCCCACACGGAGAGUAUCUUACACCGAAGUUGAUUCCUGGUUCAUUUCAAACACCAAUCGUCAAAGCACCGACACCACGCCGGACACCAUCGCCUCGUGUCGAGCAUACACAGGAAAGCGAGUCUGGCCCCUCCACUGCAAGAGCAUCUCCAGUUCCUGAAACUACUGUUAUCUCAGAGAAACCCCGGAUUUUUGUAACAGAGGAUGAAAGUGCUGGUGAACAGCUGCCUGCAUACUCACCUCCUGAGAAGGCGGGCGAGACUGCUCCGAUCAAAUACAGAGCUGUCUUCCCACCGGGACAUCCACUCCGAGAGCAGUUCCCGCCGUCUCCAGUUCCAGCUCCAGCAUCUCCGGGUCCUAUUUCUCCUGGCCUUUCAUCUACUAUGUCCUCACAGAGGGCCGAUCAGAUGACUGACAUCCCACUCACGCCCGCCCCUCGAGACAGCUUGCGUCUCUCACAGAUGCCACUUCCAACGCGUCCACUUGGUACGGCCCCUCGUGAGCACUCACAUGGAGAUGCUGAGUUUGUGACCAAAGCGGAGCGUCAAAGACGUCGCAACGAGAAAGAAGAGUCUGUUGCUCGCCGCCUAGGUGGUUUCUGGAGAGGCAGGGGAUGCAUCCCAAAGCGAGGCUGCUUUGGUCGAACUGGACGCGAAGGCCGCCAACGCCGUCGAGUAUGGAUGAUCGUCUUGGGAAUCCUUCUUGUCAUCAUUAUCCUGGCGAUCACACUGGGCGUAGUUCUGACACGACCCAAGCACUCUGAAGAAGCGCCAUCGAUUUGGGUCAACCUGACUGACUUUCCCCCUAUGCCAACAGGGGAUCUGUCAAUUGUUGGACCGGACAAUGUCAUGGAGAGAAGUAGCUGCACUGAUCCUUCCACUAUGUGGAGUUGCUCCUUACCCAAGGAACAGCAUGACUCCGUGAAGCCUUACAAACCCAAUCAGCCCACCAUUAUGAUGCAGAUCCAGUGGGAUAAUAGCACCCAGGAGAAUUGGAACACUCCCAAUGGAGAUGCACCUUCUGUAAAGUCGCGUCGAGGUAUGGGAAGCGUUGCAUAUGCAAGAGACAUCAUUCGAGCACGACAGACACCCGAGUUCAAGCCUCGUCCUGAUCCACCGAAAUUCAAGGAGAUGUGGUUUCUGGGAAACACGACAGACGGUAUUGAAUCGGACGAGAAAGCAGGCGAGGCAACUCCCUUCUACAUCAGUCUGAUAGAUCCUGCUGAGGAGGACGCGCGUAAAGAUCUUACCAAGAGACAAAAUGCGGUGGAUUUGAACGUCAGCCUCCCCGACAUCCUUCCAUCACCAGAUCUCACAGAAGAUGGUGCCCCCAAGCCUGCUGCACUACUCCCACGGCCGGUCCAACAGCCAGUGCGGCUCUACGAUCGCGGUCUUGCAACGGAGCACUAUGGCUUUUACACCUAUUUCAAGCGGACCAUCUUUCUCAAGUCCAAAACGGUUCUCAAUGACACCAGAGAUGGUGAUAUCCCGCUGGACAAGGAUGGCGGUUGCCGGGAGACAGAGGCUGAUUACAUCGCGACUUGGGCUGAAACACGUCUACUCGUUCAAAUCUGGACACGCAAACUGGCCACCAACACAUCGAAACUAAUUGAUUAUAAGGAGACGGGCAGCAACGGCGGUUCGACGGAGCUCAUUCGACCAGGAACGAUGCCAUAUCCCGUGAGUGUCACCAUGGACACACACGGAGGAGACCCAGAAAAGAAGUUUGUCUGGGCUUGGCCUAUCGAUGACAGGCAAAAGGUUGACGUGGAGAACCCCAAGCUGCUGGUCAACAACAUUGGAGCUGGGGGUGAGUGGAUCAACAAGAGAUCUCGAGGAGAUGAGAAGUUUGGCGGAUUCGACGGCGGGACCGGAGGAUGCCAGUGCCAGUGGGUGAACUGGGUAUGA